CGGGGCGGCCCGGCCCGGGACACCCCCUCCCGAUCCACUGGCGGGGCGGCUUCGGCUUCGGCAGCAGUGGAGGCGGCAGCGGCCGGAGGUCGACUUGCGGGGUGCGCCCGCCACCGUGGACCGGGACGCUUCCCCUAGGGGACCCUCCGUCGACACCCUCCGCCGCGCCGUCCCGCAGGAGCCGGCGGGACCCCCGGCCGGCAGGGAGCGCCGGCGGCGGCGGCGGCGGCACCAUGAGGCGGCCGUGGGGCGCGCUGCUGCUUGGCGCCCUGCUCUGCGCACACGGCCUAGCCAGCAGCCCCGAGUGUGCUUGUGGUCGGAGCCACUUCACGUGUGCGGUGAGUGCCCUCGGCGAGUGUACCUGCAUCCCCGCCCAGUGGCAAUGUGAUGGAGACAAUGACUGCGGAGACCACAGCGAUGAGGACGGAUGUAUGCUCCCCACCUGCUCCCCUCUUGACUUCCACUGUGACAAUGGCAAGUGCAUCCGCCGCUCCUGGGUGUGCGACGGAGACAACGACUGUGAGGACGACUCGGACGAGCAGGACUGUCCCCCGCGGGAGUGUGAGGAAGACGAGUUCCCCUGCCAGAACGGCUACUGCAUCCGGAGCCUGUGGCACUGCGAUGGUGACAAUGACUGUGGUGACAACAGCGAUGAGCAGUGUGACAUGCGCAAGUGCUCCGACAAGGAAUUCCGCUGCAGUGAUGGAAGCUGUAUCGCUGAGCACUGGUACUGCGAUGGUGACACCGACUGCAAAGAUGGCUCUGACGAGGAGAGCUGUCCCUCGGCAGUGCCAGUGCCCCCCUGCAACCUGGAGGAGUUCCAGUGUGCCUACGGCCGCUGCAUCCUCGAUAUCUACCACUGCGAUGGCGAUGAUGACUGCGGAGACUGGUCAGACGAGUCUGACUGCUCCUCCCACCAGCCGUGCCGCUCUGGGGAGUUCAUGUGUGACAGUGGCCUGUGCAUAAACGCAGGCUGGCGCUGCGAUGGCGACGCGGACUGUGAUGACCAGUCUGAUGAGCGCAACUGCACCACCUCGAUAUGUACGGCGGAACAGUUCCGCUGUCGGUCAGGCCGCUGCGUCCGUCUGUCCUGGCGUUGUGAUGGGGAGGACGACUGUGCGGACAACAGCGAUGAAGAGAACUGUGAGAACACAGGAAGCCCCCACUGUGCCUCGGACCAGUUCCUGUGUUGGAAUGGGCGCUGCAUCGGGCAGAGGAAGCUGUGCAAUGGGGUCAAUGACUGUGGGGACAGCAGCGACGAAAGCCCACAGCAGAGCUGCCGGCCCCGGACGGGUGAGGAGAACUGCAAUGUUAACAACGGUGGCUGCACCCAGAAGUGCCAGACGGUGCGGGGGGCAGUGCAGUGUACCUGCCACACAGGCUACCGGCUCAUCGAGGACGGACGCACGUGCCAGGAUGUGAAUGAAUGUGCCGAGGAGGGGUACUGUAGCCAGGGCUGCACCAACAGCGAGGGGGCUUUCCAGUGCUGGUGCGAAGCAGGCUACGAACUCCGGCCUGACCGGCGCAGCUGCAAGGCUCUGGGGCCGGAGCCGGUGCUACUGUUCGCCAACCGCAUCGACAUCCGGCAGGUGCUGCCGCACCGCUCUGAGUACACACUGCUGCUCAACAACCUGGAGAACGCCAUCGCCCUCGACUUCCACCACCGGCGUGAGCUUGUCUUCUGGUCCGAUGUCACCCUGGACCGGAUCCUCCGUGCCAACCUCAAUGGCAGCAAUGUGGAAGAGGUUGUGUCUACAGGGCUCGAGAGCCCAGGGGGCCUGGCUGUGGAUUGGGUCCAUGACAAACUCUACUGGACCGACUCGGGGACAUCAAGGAUUGAGGUGGCUAACCUGGACGGGGCCCACCGGAAGGUGCUGCUGUGGCAGAACCUUGAGAAGCCCAGGGCCAUUGCCUUGCACCCCAUGGAGGGUACCAUUUACUGGACAGACUGGGGCAACACCCCCCGCAUCGAGGCCUCCAGCAUGGAUGGCUCUGGACGCCGCAUCAUCGCCGAUACCCAUCUCUUCUGGCCCAACGGCCUCACCAUUGAUUAUGCCGGGCGUCGUAUGUACUGGGUGGAUGCUAAGCACCAUGUUAUCGAGAGGGCCGAUCUGGACGGGAGUCACCGCAAGGCUGUCAUCAGCCAGGGCCUCCCGCAUCCCUUUGCCAUCACCGUGUUUGAAGAUAGCCUGUACUGGACAGACUGGCACACCAAGAGCAUCAAUAGUGCUAACAAGUUUACCGGCAAGAACCAGGAGAUCAUUCGCAACAAACUGCACUUCCCCAUGGACAUCCACACCUUGCACCCCCAGCGCCAGCCUGCAGGGAAAAACCGCUGUGGGGACAACAACGGAGGCUGCACCCACCUGUGUCUGCCCAGUGGACAGAACUACACCUGUGCCUGCCCCACUGGCUUCCGCAAGAUCAGCAGCCACGCCUGUGCCCAGAGUCUUGACAAGUUCCUGCUUUUUGCCCGAAGGAUGGACAUCCGUCGGAUCAGCUUCGACACAGAGGACCUGUCCGACGAUGUCAUCCCACUGGCUGACGUGCGCAGUGCUGUGGCCCUUGACUGGGACUCCCGGGAUGACCACGUGUACUGGACAGAUGUCAGCACUGACACCAUCAGCAGGGCCAAGUGGGAUGGAACAGGACAGGAGGUGGUAGUGGAUACCAGUUUGGAGAGCCCGGCAGGCCUGGCCAUUGAUUGGGUCACCAACAAGCUGUACUGGACAGAUGCAGGGACAGACCGGAUUGAAGUGGCCAACACGGAUGGCAGCAUGAGAACAGUACUCAUCUGGGAAAACCUUGAUCGUCCCCGGGACAUCGUGGUGGAACCCAUGGGCGGGUACAUGUAUUGGACGGACUGGGGUGCAAGCCCCAAGAUUGAACGAGCUGGCAUGGAUGCCUCAGGUCGUCAGGUCAUCAUCUCUUCUAAUCUGACGUGGCCUAAUGGAUUAGCCAUUGACUAUGGGUCCCAGCGGCUAUACUGGGCUGAUGCCGGCAUGAAGACGAUUGAAUUUGCCGGACUGGAUGGCAGCAAAAGGAAGGUACUGAUUGGAAGCCAGCUGCCCCACCCAUUUGGGCUGACCCUCUAUGGAGAGCGCAUCUAUUGGACUGACUGGCAGACCAAGAGUAUUCAGAGUGCCGACCGGCUGACGGGACUGGACCGGGAGACCCUGCAGGAGAACUUGGAAAACCUCAUGGACAUCCACGUCUUCCACCGCCGGCGACCCCCAGUGUCCACACCAUGCGCUACAGAGAAUGGCGGCUGCAGCCACCUGUGUCUUCGGUCCCCAAAUCCAAGUGCCUUCAGCUGUACCUGCCCCACAGGCAUCAACCUGAUGCCUGAUGGCAAGACCUGUUCACCAGGCAUGAACAGUUUCCUCAUCUUCGCCAGGAGGAUAGACAUACGCAUGGUCUCCUUGGACAUCCCUUAUUUUGCCGAUGUGGUGGUACCAAUCAACAUUACCAUGAAGAACACCAUUGCCAUUGGAGUGGAUCCCCAGGAAGGAAAAGUGUACUGGUCAGACAGCACGCUGCACAGGAUCAGCCGUGCCAAUCUGGAUGGCUCACAGCAUGAGGACAUCAUCACCACAGGGCUGCAGACCACAGAUGGGCUCGCAGUGGAUGCCAUUGGCCGGAAAGUGUACUGGACAGACACGGGGACCAACCGGAUUGAAGUGGGCAACCUGGACGGGUCCAUGCGGAAGGUGUUGGUGUGGCAGAACCUUGACAGCCCCCGUGCCAUUGUACUGUACCACGAGAUGGGGUUCAUGUACUGGACAGACUGGGGGGAGAAUGCCAAGUUAGAGCGGUCUGGAAUGGAUGGCUCAGACCGUACCGUGCUCAUCAGCAACAACCUAGGGUGGCCCAAUGGACUGACUGUGGACAAGGCCAGCUCCCAGCUGCUCUGGGCUGAUGCCCACACGGAGCGAAUUGAGGCUGCCGAUCUGAAUGGUGCCAGUCGGCACACACUGGUGUCACCUGUGCAGCACCCGUAUGGCCUCACCCUGCUCGACUCCUAUAUCUACUGGACUGACUGGCAGACCCGUAGCAUACACCGUGCCGACAAGGGUACUGGCAGCAAUGUCAUCCUGGUGAGGUCCAACCUGCCAGGCCUCAUGGACAUCCAGGCUGUGGACAGGGCACAGCCACUGGGUUUUAACAAGUGCAGCUCGAGAAAUGGUGGCUGCUCUCACCUCUGCCUGCCUCGGCCCUCUGGCUUUUCCUGUGCCUGCCCCACUGGCAUCCAGCUGAAGGGAGAUGGGAAGACCUGUGACCCCUCUCCUGAGACCUACCUGCUCUUCUCCAGCCGCGGCUCCAUCCGGCGUAUCUCACUGGACACCAGCGACCACACAGAUGUGCACGUGCCCAUUCCCGAGCUCAACAAUGUCAUCUCCCUGGAUUAUGACAGUGUGGAUGGAAAGGUCUAUUACACAGAUGUGUUCCUGGAUGUUAUCAGGCGAGCAGAUCUGAAUGGCAGCAACAUGGAGACGGUGAUCGGGCGUGGGCUGAAGACCACCGAUGGGCUGGCAGUGGACUGGGUGGCCAGGAAUCUGUAUUGGACAGACACAGGCCGAAAUACCAUCGAAGCUUCGAGGCUAGACGGUUCCUGCCGCACGGUGCUGAUUAACAACAGCCUGGAUGAGCCUCGGGCCAUUGCCGUUUUCCCCAGGAAGGGGUACCUCUUCUGGACAGACUGGGGCCACAUUGCCAAGAUUGAACGGGCGAACUUGGAUGGCUCUGAGCGGAAGGUCCUCAUCAACACAGACCUGGGUUGGCCCAAUGGCCUUACCCUGGACUAUGAUACCCGCAGGAUCUACUGGGUGGAUGCCCAUCUGGACCGGAUUGAGAGUGCCGACCUCAGUGGGAAGCUCCGGCAGGUCUUGGUCAGCCAUGUGUCGCACCCCUUCGCUCUCACUCAGCAGGACAGGUGGAUCUACUGGACAGACUGGCAGACCAAGUCAAUCCAGCGUGUUGACAAGUACUCAGGCCGGAACAAGGAGACGGUGUUGGCGAAUGUGGAGGGGCUCAUGGAUAUCAUCGUGGUUUCCCCUCAGCGGCAGACAGGGACCAAUGCCUGUGGUGUGAACAACGGUGGCUGCACCCACCUCUGCUUUGCCAGAGCCUCAGACUUUGUAUGUGCCUGUCCUGACGAGCCUGAUGGCCGGCCCUGCUCCCUGGUACCUGGCCUGCUGCCCCCAGCUCCCAGGGCUACCAGCGUGAGUGAAAGGAGCCCCGUGCUACCCAACACGCUACCGACCACCUUGCGUUCUUCUACCAGCCGGACCCGCACAUCUCUGGAGGAGGUGGAAGGGAGAUGCUCUGAAAAGGAUGCCCGGCUGGGCCUCUGCACGUAUUCCAAUGAGGCCGUACCUGCUGCUUCAGGGGAAGGACUUCAUGUCAGCUAUGUCAUCGGUGGACUCCUCAGUAUUCUGCUUAUUCUGGUGGUGAUCGCGGCUUUGAUGCUGUACAGACACAAAAAAUCCAAGUUAACUGAUCCUGCAAUGGGGAACCUGACCUACAGUAACCCUUCCUACCGAACUUCCACUCAGGAAGUGAAAAUUGAAGCAAUCCCCAAACCAGCCAUGUACAAUCAACUGUGCUAUAAGAAAGAGGGUGGACCUGACCAUAACUACACCAAGGAGAAGGUCAAGAUUGUAGAGGGGAUCUGCCUCCUGUCUGGGGACGAUGCUGAGUGGGAUGACCUCAAGCAACUGCGCAGCUCCCGAGGGGGCCUCCUUCGGGAUCAUGUGUGCAUGAAGACGGACACCGUGUCCAUCCAGGCCAGCUCUGGCUCCCUGGAUGACAUGGAGACGGAGCAGCUGCUGCAGGAAGAGCAGUCUGAGUGCAGCAGCGUCCAUACCGCAGCCACUCCUGAAAGACGGGGCUCCCUGCCAGACACAGGCUGGAGACAUGAACGCAAGCUCUCCUCAGAGAGCCAAGUCUAAACGCCCAUGUUCCCCCCCCCCUUCCUGCCUGUUCCUCCUCCUGGGUGGACUUGCAGCCCUCGUGCUCGCUUAUACAGCAGGCCCCUUUCCUACGUGUUCGUCCUGCUCCUCCUCCUCCCACCUCAUAACCGCUCCCAAGCCCUCCACCGGAGCUGUUUCCACCUGAGUUCCUAACUACCUGUGCACAAGAAAUGAUGGGGCAUCCUGAGAAUUUAGACCUGGAUUUUACCACGAACCUCACCUCAUGCACGCCAUCCUGAGCCCCCUUGAAACCAGGCUCAGUAAUGAUUCCUCGUCAGUACAGAGCUCCACCUCCCCUUCCCCUGGCACCCUCAGUGCCUGCCCCGCAAGAGCUGAUGAUCCAGGACUGCACUUGCUCCAUCAGAGCUGGCCUGACCGCUUCUCUGAGAGAACUUGCUGACCGGGGGCUGGGGCGGGGGGUGGGGUCGGUCAUGGGUAAAGAGAGAGAUGAAGGAUAGAGGCUGAGAGAAGAAGGAGUCAGCCCAGCUGGCAUGGGCAUCUGGAAAACCUCCAGCCUCGAGUGCACUGGCAACAUGAAAAAGCUUUUAAGGGUGACUGGGCCUGGGUGUCCUCUCCACUGCCGGCAAUGGAUAUUAUUCUUGCCCUGACAGUUGUUGUUUCUUCAGCUGCAGAUACUGAUGAGAUGUGGGUAUGGCUCAAGCUGUUCUUCCUCCUGUUAGAAUGUCUGGAGCCUUUUCUACCUUCAGAUGACUGGGGGUCCCUAUCACAUGGCAGCUGGCUAAUAUGAAUUCCCUCCUGCUGCCUCCAGGUUGUGAGCCGGUGGCUUGAAUGCGUGUGGGACCCUCAGGGCUGGGUCUCUGCAGUGUCUGAGAAGCACUGCUUAGACCAAACUUAGCACAUCCCCUGAACUGUAAUGUUCUGCCACUUUCUCCUUCCUCAUUCUCUGGGAUUCUGAGCACAGAGAUCCUGAAGCAACUUUCCAAAGAAGGGCCAGAAGUUUUCAUAAAUGGUCAGGAAGAGCGAUUGGGUUAGAGACUUGAGGCACCCGGGGCCUAAAGGGAAGUAUCCAUGAAGCUGAGCCUCCUGUGUUCUCUCUCGGGUGCUCAGGGAUCUAAGUGAGUAGACAGAGAGCCUGCGGCUGUGGGUGGUGAAGUUCCCAUUCCGACUCUUCCCAGCUAAGUGACUCCCUUUUCACGCUGAGGUGCCAUCACUUGGUUCAUGCUUAUUCACACAAAAGGCAUGUGUGUCACACUAGUGUCAGGGGAGUUGAGACUUUCUACUGUCCUAAAACUUCUACCUAGCUCUUCUUUUUUGGGGGGAGGGGGGUGCCUAAUUUGCUUUUUCUGACCUAGCCUUGUGGGCACGUAUGGCAAAUAGGCCUAAAUAAAGACGCAGAGUCGGGGGCAAGGAGUAGAAAGGUAGAGAGAACCACUGAGGAAGCCCUUUCAGCCCAGGGCAGAUCCAGACCUCUUUCACCCAGGGAUCAAAAGCAACAACAGGAACAGAAUGGAGGGUGGGGGGGGGGUGCUUCGAGGGGAAGUUUCCGGAUUUGAAACACGUCCUGGGGUUCUUGGUAUUGAGAAAUCAGCUGCCAAACAUGUGAGUGAAAAGGGAAGAUCAGAGCAAACCUUUUCUGGUCAGUUCUAAGACCGCUAGAGACAGGUGCCAGGCUCUUAACCCUGCUCGCAGUAACCAGCCCCAGGUCUAGACCCUCGUAGGACAGCCAGGCCAGGCCAAGCAGGCUUUUCCAGUACACAGAGUGGGAAAGGAAAGGUCCUCCUCCUGCGAGGAAAGGGGGACAUUUCACACUUGAUGGGGCAGUAAAAGAAGGAGCCCUUUGGGUCCUCAGACUCACAGUUGGGCAUGGGGAGAAAGUAGCAAAGUGGCAUUUUCUUGAAUGGAAAGGGGGAAGGAUCUUAUUGCACUUGGGCUGUUCAGAAUGUAGAAAGGACAUAUUUGAAGAAAUAUCUAUUUGAGCACUGAUUUACUAUGUAAAAAGCAAAAUCUCUCUGUCCUAAACUAAUGGAAGUGACUCUCCCACGCUCACGUGUAAUGGUUUUAACGUUACUCACUGGAGAGAUUGGACUUUCUGGAGUUAUUUAACCACUAUGUUCAGUAAUUUAGGACUUUAUGAUAAUUUAAUAUAAAUUUAGCUUUUCUUAAUCA